ACCGCGAACUUUCGACAGCCUCGGCGCAACACCCAGAAGCAAACGACCACGACGACGCACCGCGUGACAACGCAUCAAGAACAAUCGCAGUAUUCGACGGACAGAUUUCUUCUUGUCUAGAGAACUUGCGCUAGCUCGUCCGCCAUCCACCGCCAUGGCUGCCGUUGCCCCUCCCCGCGGUCUUCCGCCCAAUGCCUCCCUCCCCACCAAGGUGACCCCGAUCGCACCUAACCAGACACUCUACGUCACGAACCUCCCUUCAGCAAAGAUCCAGAAACCCGACCUGCGCACCGAAUUGUACCUGCUCUUCUCGACCUACGGCCCUGUUCUCGACAUUGUCGCGAUGAAGACCAUGAAGAUGCGCGGCCAGGCGCACAUUACCUACCGCGAUAUUCAGACAGCGACACAGGCCAUGAGGUCGCUGGAGGGAUUCGAGUUCCUCGGUCGCCCACUCAGAAUCCAGUACGCCAAGAGCAAGUCGGACUUCAUCGCCAGGCUCGACCCUAACUUUGAGCUUCCCAAGACGGGCGCCGCCAAGGUGGAGGUCACAUCACUGCAGCAGAGCAUCUUCAACGCGCCAGCGCCAGGGACCGCUGCGAAGCCGGCGCCCGCCGCGGACACAACCAUGGAGGAUGCGCGGUCCGAGGGCGGCCGGGGGCAGAAGAGGACAAGAGACCAGGAGGAAGAGGAGGAGAGUGAUGAUGACGGCGACGUGGCCAUGGAGGAGGACAGCGACUGAUUGGGUUUUUCGUGCUUGACAAAUUGGAUGAUGAGCGCCACGGAAAGGAGGGUGGCGCCUAGGGAGAAGAAGAAGAAGCGGAAGAAAAGGCUUUAUGGAAGCUCUAUGGGAAGUCCCACGACGGACGGGCUACCUCGGCCAUCUCUUUGGGCACCCAGAGCCCGACGCACCCGCCGACCAACCCGAGCCAAGCCAUCAGGUAGUUCUCCUUGGAGCACUCGAACCCGGCCAUAGCAUCGCCGAGCAGGCAAGGGUGGACGUAGAAGGAUGGGACCCCCGUGAGGGGAUGAUGCUGCCGGACCUUGUCAGCAGAAAUAUAGGCAUGGCGAAAUAGAGUGCCGCCAAUCGACAC